CCCCGCCCGCCUCGAGGUUUACUGAAAGAUAGGUAUCGACUUUGACAGACAGCUCCGCAGCCAAUGGUGAACGCCCGAAGCCAUACUCCCGUUCCCACCCUCCAGAAGGACCGCACGGAAGGUGGCGAAACUUUGAUCCCGUUUAGGACGGCGAAAGAAGAGCAGCGGCUGCAACAAGGAGAUGGAACCUCCGUUGCUGAAUAAUUCUGAAGAAAUAGCCGCUUUGUACCGUGAAUUUAGCCAGUUCCCAUCUCUUUCCAGUGCUUGUAUUGGGCCUGAGAUUACAACGCAGUAUGGGGGGAAAUACUGCAAUAUUUAUACAGAAUGGUCUCAGCGAGACUUGGAAAGAGCUGAAAAUGUGAAAUUCUGUCGUCAGUACCUCAUCUUCCAUGACAGCCAGUCCAUUGUGUAUUCGAGCCCCUCUGGCAACUGCACUGAAAUCAAAGGAGAACUGCUCAGCCGUGACUCUCCCAGUGGGGCUCAGAAAGCUGUUCUGCGAAAGACCAGCAAUAGCAAAGGCGAUGAAAAACAGUUCCUAGAGGUAUGGGAAAAGAACCGCAAGGUGAAGAGUAUCGAUUUAUCGGCUCUGGAGAAACACGGCCAAGUGUAUGAGGAUGACCAAUUCGGCUGCUUGGCCUGGUCGCACUCAGAGACUCACCUUCUGUAUGUGGCAGAGAAGAAACGCCCUAAGGCAGAGUCCUUUUUUAAGCCAAAAGCUCCCGAGUUGAAUGUUGAAGAGGAGCUGAGCAAGACAGAGCAACGAGACAAAGCCAUCAAGGGGGAGCAGUUUGUAUUCUACGAAGACUGGGGGGAGACCCUGGUGGCUAAGAGUGUCCCUGUGCUUUGUGUAUUGGACAUUGAGAGCAACAAUGUCUCAGUGUUGGAAGGUGUUCCAGAUCACAUCUCUCCUGGUCAGGCUUUCUGGACUCCUGGUGACACAGGGGUAGUAUUUGCAGGCUGGUGGCAUGAACCUUUCCGUCUAGGGUUGAGACACUGCACCAAUCGCAGAUCAGCUGUCUUCUAUGUGGAUCUGACAGGCGGUCGUUGUGAACUGCUUUCCGAUGACACCAAGGCUGUUUGGUCUCCACGCUUGAGUCCAGAUCAGUGUCGCAUUGUGUAUCUGGAGAACAUGGCUUCUGGGCCGCACCAACAAUGCAGCCGCCUGUGCAUGUAUGACUGGUACACAAAGCUCACUUCUACUGUGGUGGAAAUUGUGCCUCGGCAGAAUCAAGAUGAAUUCACUGGCAUCUACACUACAGCACUGCCUGAGCAUUGCUGGGCAGCAGAUAGCCAGAGGGUCGUGCUGGACACAGCUCAGCGCAGCAAGCAGGAGCUUAUUGUGGUGGAUACGUUGUCAGGCAGUGUGUGUUCCCUCACCAAGGGAUCCCCUCUUGGAAGCUGGACACUGCUCACCAUUGACCGAGAUCUGCUGGUAGCCAAACUCUCUACUCCAAACUGUCCUCCCAUGCUUAUGGUGGCCUUCCUGCCUCCUGCUGGCAAGGAAGCUGAAGUAAAGUGGGUGUGCCUAGAAGAAUCUAACCACAUUCAGGAAAUCACUUGGAAUAUCCAUAAACUGCAGCCUCCUCCAGAACAGGACAACCCCCAGUAUGCUGGUCUUGAUUUUGAAGCCAUCCUACUCCAACCCACUCAAGCACCAGAGAAGACCAAAUUCCCAUUAAUAGUGUCACCUCAUGGAGGCCCUCAUUCUAUAUUCACCAUCAGCUGGAUGCUGUAUCCAGCAGUGCUGUGUCGGAUGGGUUUUGCUGUGCUGCUAGUAAAUUAUCGAGGAUCACUGGGCUUUGGCCAGGACAGUGUGGCCUCCCUACCAGGGAAUGUGGGCACUCAGGAUGUCAAGGAUGUGCAGUACUGUAUGGAACAAAUGCUGCAGAAAGAGGCUCUGGAUCCACAGCGAGUGGCCCUGCUUGGUGGCUCGCAUGGGGGAUUCCUAUCCUGCCAUCUCAUUGGCCAGUACCCCAAUACCUACAAGGCAUGUGUGGCCAGGAAUCCUGUUGUCAACAUAGCCUCCAUGGUGGGAAGUACUGACAUUCCUGACUGGUGCCUAACGGAAACAGGCUUGCCCUAUGAACCAUCUGGUCUCCCAGAUCCCAGACAGUGGACAGAGAUGCUGCUUCAUUCACCUAUGCAGUAUGUUGAUAAGGUACAGACGCCUGUUCUCUUAAUGCUAGGAGAGGAAGAUAGACGUGUACCCCCCAAGCAGGGCUUAGAGUAUUAUCAUGCUCUCAAGGCCAGGGGCGUUCCAACUCGGGUGCUGUGGUAUCCAGGCAAUAACCAUGCCCUAGCUGGUGUGGAGGCUGAAGCUGAUGGAUUCAUGAAUAUUGCACUGUGGCUGAUCCAACACAUGAAAUGACGAUUUCAGGACAUGGGCUGUACCUGUUGUAAUCCUACCUUCCUCUCAAGCAGUAUGACUAGCUAACAAAAAUUCAAGUCUCUUCCAGUCAAAGCAGCCGUUGUGGGGUUUGGAUGACCUGGUACCUUUUGAUCAGGAUCUCAGGAGCGUGGUGUCAGAUGGAAACAGUGACAGUGGGUAGCGUAUAUCCUGAUGGACAUCUUAGUUAUGCCAGAAGGCAUCCUGACCACAUACUGUUGCCAAUCAGGAGCUCUAGCAUAGUAGGUAGCUAUUGAGAAGUGCCAGAAGAAGAAUGGUCCUAUUUGAUUCUAGUGGAAUCUUGAUCUUUAGCACUGGUCUUUGCAGGCAGAGUCACAAAGGUGAGUCACAAAGGAUCCAGCUGCAAAAGAUAAAUAAACAUACUUGAUUGUAUAAGACCAAUAUCUCCUAAAUGCUGACUUCUGAGAUGCUGUUUAAUGUCAUUACUUCAACCGGAAAUGACUGGGUGUCAUCAGUUGCUGAGAUAAGAACUUCUUUGGGAUGUACAUAUCAGAUAUUUGAAAAGGGAAGGGAAAGUGGUAUCAGCAACCUGGGAUGCUGAAGAAAAGGGGGAGGGGUUCCUUGAAUAUAAUGUAGUCUUUUUGAAAAUAGACAGACACAACAGGCAUGGUCACCAAUUUAGAUACUUUCUUUCUACCACCGAUUCUGUAGUUGUAAGUAUGACCAGGAUCUGUAUACUAUAUUGUAGAGAGAGUGUGAUCUUAUAUGAAUGUAUAUGCCCCUCUCCAGAGAUUUGCUUGUGGUGGCAUACAGUUGAGAAUAAAACAGAAGCUUUAAAACAUACCCAUUAAAAACAGAGCCAUUGAAAACCAUACAGGCCAAUUCCGUUUAAACAA